UCUCCUUUACCGUGAUUGGCUAAAGAUUUAUGACGUAGACAAACGCUGUAAUCUCAUUGGCUCGCUCACCUGCCAGUUUGAAAUAGUUAUACACUUGGACGGAAGCGUUCACGCCAGAAUGAGUGUGGGCUUCAUAGGAGCGGGACAGCUGGCCCACGCGUUGGUGCGAGGCUUCUCCGCUGCAGGAGUAAUUGCCACUCACAGAAUCACAGCCAGUUCUCCAGACACGGACCUCCCCACAGUUCAUCAGUUGCGGAAACUGGGCAUUAAUUUGACCACCAGCAACAAGGAGACGGUAAACAAAAGUGAUGUCCUGUUUUUGGCUGUAAAACCUCACAUCAUCCCUUUUGUACUGGAUGAAAUUGGGCCUGACAUUGAGGAUCGACACCUGAUUGUGUCAUGUGCUGCAGGCGUUACAAUCAGCUCUAUAGAAAAGAAACUGCAGUUGUAUCAAACCUCUCCAAAAGUGAUGCGCUGCAUGACCAACACUCCAGUGGUGGUACGAGAAGGAGCCACUGUGUAUGCCACAGGUACACAUGCAGACGUGGAGGAUGGAAAGCUGCUGGAACAGCUGAUGGCCAGCGUUGGCUACUGCACUGAAGUGGAGGAGGACCUGAUUGAUGCCGUCACCGGCCUGAGUGGCAGCGGCCCUGCUUAUGCAUUCACAGCAGUUGAUGCUCUCGCUGACGGUGGAGUGAAAAUGGGCCUUCCGAGGAGACUGGCUGUGCGGCUUGGAGCACAAGCCCUGCUGGGUGCAGCUCGAAUGUUGCUGGAUUCGGAGCAACACCCCGGGCAGCUCAAGGACAACGUGUGUUCACCAGGGGGCGCCACCAUUCAUGCGCUUCAUGUCAUGGAGAGUGGAGGCUUCAGAAGUCUCCUUAUAAAUGCUGUGGAGGCUUCUUGUGUAAGGACAAGGGAACUUCAGUAUUUGGCUGACCAAGAGAAGAUCUCUGCAGCUGCUAUUAAGAAGACGACACUGGACAAAGUGCUUCAGCAGCCUGGAGUGACAGCAGAUGCUGUGGGAAUAAGAUCAGGGGGGAUCAGUAUCUUCAACAGCAGUAAGCCUAGAACCAAAAAGAAAUGAUUAGCAAGCUUUGAUGAUGUAUUUUUUGUUGAUAUGUCACUGAACACUGAAUUAUAAUAAAUGUGGCGGGGGAAAAAAAGGGUGUAAACAGAAAACUAUUAAGGUCAAAGGUAAAUAUGUAAAAAAAAAAAAAGAUUUUUUUGUUACAAUAAAAGUUUGCCAUUGUUAAA